AUGUCCACGCUAGCCGAACACAUCUCCCUCAACCAAGUCACCGACCACUAUGUCUCUACACACCACCCCCAACGCAUGACCAACCCAGCCCCAGUCGCGUACGGCGGCUACUCCAUCGCGCUAGCCAUCCACGCGGCCUACAAAUCCCUCCCAGGGGACUUCCACCUCUACUCAGCGGUAGGCCACUACCUCCGCCCCGUCAGCACAGCCGCCCGCCUGAUCAUCAAGCCGCGACUCCUCCGACACACACGCAACUUCAUCACCUACCGCAUCGCCAUCGAACAAGAGACCCCCGACAGCACGCAGCCGCGCGAAUGUCUCGAAAUCCUCGCCGACUUCCACCACGACGAGCCCUCGCUGCUCUCCUACUCCGCGCCCCCCACCCGUCCCUACAGCCACUGGAAAGACUGCCCGCCCUGGACCGCCGUCCUCGACGACCAAUGGGUCAAACCCGGCCGGAUGCCCUCGCCCGAAGCCCGAACCUUCAACACCGUCUUCGGGCUCCCCCGGCACCUCUAUGAGGGCCGUCUCUGCCCUGAAGGCAUCAUGGCGCAGAACCUCUACGGGAUGGUCAAGCACGCGGAUACCAGCCAGGAUCAGUUACCGCCUACCGCGAAGACGUCCGCCGACUGGUUGCGGGUUCUGCAUCCCCUGUCCACGGAGGGAGAGGAGAUGGGUGCCCUUGGACUGGUGAUGGAUUCCUUCCUGAGUAUUCUGGCGCUGACGCAUAAUCAUAUGUUCUUUGAUGAUACGGGGGCGGUGGCGAGCUUGGAUUUCGCGCUGCGGGUGUUUCAGGCGGACGUGAGGAUGGAGGAGUGGCAUUUGAGGGAGUUGGUUAAUCAUGAGGCCGGUCGGGGGAGGACGUAUAGUGAGAGUCGGCUGUGGGAUGAGAAGGGCGGGUUGGUGGCUUGUAUGACGCAGCAGUCGAUUUUGAGGGUUCCCAACGUGAAGGGGGAGAGGGCGAAGAUAUAG